AUGAAGCGCUAUCUCGAAUAUCUACCCACGAUCAUAUUGACUAUUUCUCUCCCCUUUAUAUCUUCCGCAUUCGAGAAACUAGCAAUAGCACUCACUAAAUACGAAAACCACCGAACGGAAGAUCGCCACGAAAUGGCCCUAACACAAAAUAUCUUCGUCCUCAGCUUCAUCACGAAAUACCUUCUCAUCCUACUCACAGCUUUUGUAUACGUACCAUGUGGCGACAUGCUGGUUGAGCAGGUUGAAACUAUGCUUCGAAACCACGGUAUCGCGAUCAGCAAUUCCACGCCAUUCGAGAAAUUCUCAAAAGAUGCAUCAAAACUGCGGAACGAAGUCAUCGCACUUGUUAUAACUGAACAAGUCAUCGAUUCUGCGAGGAGUUGA